AUGAAAGUCCUCGCCCUCACUAUCCUCGCGCUAGUCGCUUCUUCUGAUGCGUCAUCGAUGAUUCGUCAAGUGAAUGAGUCAUCUAGCAGCUGCACACUCUCGGGCACCUACACUAGCGGGACGGACGUGUCCUCAUGUAGCAAGAUCACCAUUGGCUCGCUCACUGUCCCGGCUGGAGUCACAUUGGACCUAAGCGAUGUCGCGGACGGCGCCACCAUCGAAUUCACCGGUACUACAACGUUCGAGACGUCCACAUGGGAGGGACCGCUUAUCCUGCUAACGGGUACGGACCUGACUGUUGGUGGAACUGGUACUCUUGAUGGCCAGGGAGACUGGUACUGGGAACAGGGUACAUCCAUCGAUCGCCCCGUCUUCUUCCGCAUAAGCAAGGUCAUCUCGUCCACGGUGUCCGACUUCACUAUCAAGAACUCGCCAUAUCGCACUUUCAGUAUCCUCAGUUGUGAGUCUACAAAGAUAAGUGGCUUAACACUGGACUCUAGUGACGGUGACAAUGUAGCUAAGAACACCGACGGCUUCGAUCUGAGCAAGAACACCGGCGUGACGAUAUCUGGCAACACCAUUUACAACCAGGACGACUGUCUCGCAAUGCAGUCGAGCACGAAUACUAUCUUUUCUAGUAACACAUGCAGUGGCGGCCACGGUAUCUCCAUUGGUUCUAUUGGAGGUUCAUCAGUGAGUUCGUCUGAUACUGUGUCAGGUCUGACGGUGAAAAAUAACAAAAUCGUCAACAGCGUCAACGGCAUUCGCAUUAAGACUAUCAUCGACGACUACGGCGAGGUCACGGACGUCACGUACAUGGACAACACAUUGUCGAACGUUGAGAACGCAAUCGUGAUUCAUGGAGACUACAGUAAGUCGGAGGGAGGCUACACCGGCUCCGCUACCAGUAAGGUGACGAUCACAGAUAUCACCAUUGACGGUCUCACGGGCUCAGCUGACCAGGUGUACGAUAUCCUGGUUGACUCGGACGUGGUGUCGGGCUGGACAUUCUCGGGCAUCGACGUUUCAGGUGGCACGGGAAGCUGCAACGGUGAACCUAGUGGCAUUAGCUGCUAA